AUGUCUACAACUAAACUUUCUAAACUUUUACCUGAUCAUGAAAAAUAUCAUCAUAAUCCUAUAAUACAUAAAACAAAAUCUUACACUUUUUGGUAUUCAAUACAAAAUAAAGAUGUUUUCCUAAAUCAGGUCUUAAAUAUACAAGGGCACCUAAACAUUAUGCUAUUUCAGAUAACUUUAACAUUAUUACAACAUGAGGAAAGAAAGUCAGAAAAUAGUCGAAUAUCAGGUCCUUUACUUUUUGGUCUUCAUCUUAAACAAAUUCAAAAAAAUCAACUACAAUCAAAUUAUAUUAGACCUUUAAAACAGUUUAAUGAACUAAGUAUUUCUACUAAAAAGGCUUGUGCAAGAACUGUUACAAAAAAGAUUAAAAAAGAUUUUAAUCAAAUUGCAAAAAAAAAUUAUUAUCCAAAUGAUCAAGUUACACUUAAAGAAUUAUCUUAUACAGUUGCAAAUACACCUUUUUAUGUAAAAUUUGGAUCUCAGAAUAUUAUAGAAAAAAACAAAUAUGAGUUAGCAAUAGUACAAAUAAUUGAUAAGUACCAAAUAUCAAGAGAUAGAUAUCGUGCUUUAUCGGCUAUACAACCUAAUUUACCUCGUGAUUAUGCAGUUUUUGAUCAACGUACAAUUUUAACAUCAAAAAUGGCUAAUUAUAUACUAAUUGAAACAUUUAAUCUUUAUAGUCAAGAUAAUCUUUUAUUAAAUGAAGAAUUUCAAUUAGUUAAAAAAGUUGCACGACAAAGUAUUAAAGAUAUACUUUUAUAUUUGCAUCCUUAUUUAGUAGCUAACAAAAUUCUUCAUUCUUCAAAACCUGUUAUUAAUUUACGGAUCUCUGGUGAUGGCUAUAAUGUCAGAAAAAAAAUUAAUCAUGUAAUAAUAACUCUUGCUAUUUUGGAUCAAAAAAAAGAAUUAUAUUUAUCUGAUAAUCACUAUACUAUAGUUAUAUAUUCAGAUAUUGAGAAAUAUGAACUAUUAAAAAGUGCAACACAGCCGCUUGUUGAUGAAUUAAAUGAAUUACAACAAUCUGGAUUUGUUGAUAAAAAUGGAAUUAAUUAG